GAUCGCGGUUUGUAAGCCGAUCCCGCUGCUGCCUCCGGUGAUGAGGACUGUGCUGUUUCGUGGGCCGGUCAGCUGGGAACGCGAGAUGUUGAAUGCUUCGGGGGGUGCCAUGAUGGCGUGGCAGCUGCUUUUGUUUUGUCCUUUUUGUCUUUUUUUUUUCUUUUUAAAUAUUUUCUUUCUUCUCGUUAAUGCACUUGUCCACGCCACACCACAGGAGAGAUCAGUGCUAUUUCUAUGUUCGGCCGGGUGAUCUUAAGGCUGGUUGCGAUACUGUAUGUUCAGUUCCACCGGAUUUCGCUCCCCCCGCAUCCCCCGGAUGUUUUGCAAUGGUGGACCCUUCGGACCUGUACUGGCACCUCGGAUCUAGGCGAAAGCCACUCACUGCAGGCCCAAUUUCGCCCGGUUUUCGGUCUUUCUCCUUUUAUUCACACAUCUCGUAUACCAUUACUCCCACUGCAAUGUGCUUCGGUGACGGAGGCCUUUCCAGAAUGCAUGGCUUUGACAAGAAAUACAACCCUGCACGGCAGAGGCCUGGAUAAUAAGUACUUCAAGUUCACGUGGCUGCAGUGCCGUUGUAACAGGGCCCAAAGGGAGAAGAAACAGUUCUGUCAGUCAGUCGAUUCCUGUUUGCAAAGUCCUGCAGUGUCAAUGCUGUUGGUCCAAGUUCCGGGCCACAAAGACACCAGCGUCACGAAUUUAACACAGCUGCAUUCCAUCUUCGGUUCAAGUCUUUUACAGUAGCGGUGGAAUGGUCGUUUCCAUGUCUUGAAGCAUGUUUUAUACAACCUCCUCAACCGGAGUCCUAGUACUGUAUGCAUGAGGUACUAGUUGUAGUAUCGUAUGCAAACCCAAUAUUGGC